AUGUCAGAGUUGCAGGAAACACAUUCCUCUUCCUAUCUAUUUCUACUAUUUUCCUUCAUCCUUCUUUCAGGUAGUGUUGUUGUGGUUGGAGAUUCUUUAGACACAGACAAACAGAUUCUGUUGAGGUUGAAAAAGUAUCUAGACAAUAAAACUCUUGCAGACCGAGGAAAGUACAUAUAUUGGAACAGUGAUGGUUCGGAUUCUAGUCCAUGUGAAUGGCAAGGAAUUUUGUGUAGCGAAGAAAAGAGGGUGAUUUCGGUUGAUCUUUCUUCCAGUGACAUCACUGGAGAGAUAUUUCAAAGCUUUUCCGAGCUGACUCAGUUAACUCAUCUUGAUCUUUCGCAGAAUACACUCUUUGGAAAUAUUCCCGAGGAUUUGAGAAACUGUCGCAAGCUGUUGCAUCUUAAUCUCUCUCAUAAUAUUCUUGAGGGAGAAUUGAAUGUUACUGGAUUGAGAAAUUUGAUAACACUUGAUUUGUCUUUGAAUAGAUUUCAUGGACAAAUUGGGCUGUUGGAUUUUCCUUCCAUUUGUGAAAAUUUGGUCACUUUGAAUAUCUCGGGUAAUAACUUAACUGGUGAGAUUGGUGAUAGUUUUGAUAAGUGUUUGAGUUUGAAGUACUUGGAUUUGAGUACUAAUAAGCUGAGUGGAGGUAUAUGGAAUGGAUUUGCAAGGUUGAAGCAGUUUUCUGUUGCUGAGAAUCUUCUCAAUGGAAACGUUUCGUCCGAAGCUUUUCCGUUGAGUUGUGAGCUUGUGGAGUUAGACCUUUCUCAAAAUGGCUUUGUUGGUGAGGCACCAAAGCAAAUUUCUAACUGCAAGAAUUUAACCAUGUUGAAUCUUUCAAGCAACAAUUUUACUGGAGCUAUCCCUGUUGAAAUUGGGUCCAUUUCAUUGCUUAAAGGAUUGUACUUGGGAGGAAACAACUUUUCAAGAGAUGUUCCUGAGACACUUUUGAAAUUGAGUAACUUGGUUUUCUUGGAUUUCAGCAGAAACAAUUUUGGUGGUGACAUACAAAAGAUAUUUGGAAAUUUUACUCAGGUUAGGUUUCUUCUGUUACACUCCAACUCAUACACUGGAGGAUUGUUAUCAUCUGGAAUUUUCACAUUGCCGAAUAUUACGCGGUUAGAUCUUAGCUUCAACGGGUUUUCAGGUCCAUUACCUGUUGAGAUCUCUCAUAUGCAAAGUCUAGAACUUUUAAUGUUAUCAUAUAACCAAUUCAAUGGAACUAUUCCAUCAGAAUUUGGAAAUAUGCAUAAUUUGCAAGCACUUGAUCUUGCUUUCAACCGGUUGAGUGGACCGAUUCCUCCAAGCCUUGGAAACUUGACAUCACUCUUGUGGUUGAUGCUUGCAGACAAUUCAUUAAACGGAACUAUCCCUUCGGAGUUAGGGAACUGUUCUAGUUUGUUAUGGUUAAACCUUGCCAACAAUAACCUCACUGGAACGUUUCCUCGAGAGAUUUCCAAAAUUGGAAAGAACGCGAUGGAAACAUUUGAAUUUAAUAGGCGAAAAGACGGAAUGGUUGCUGGUUCUGGUGAAUGUUUAGCAAUGAGGAGAUGGAUUCCUGCAGAUUACCCUCCAUUCAGCUUUGUGUAUGAUAUUUUAACAAGAAAAAACUGUAGAGGACUUUGGAAUAAAUUGCUAAAAGGGUAUGGAAUUUUCCCAUUUUGCACACCAGGGUCUUCCCUAAGAUUACCUUUGAUAUCUGGUUAUGUUCAGUUAAGUGGAAACAAACUAAGUGGUGAAAUUCCUUCAGAGAUUGGAACUAUGGUGAAUUUCAGUUUGUUGCAUAUGGGAUUCAACAGAUUCUCUGGGAAACUUCCACCAGAGUUGGGAAAUAUUCCACUUGUGGUCUUGAACUUGACUACAAACAAUUUUUCAGGUGAAAUUCCGACGGAAAUUGGAAACUUUAUUUGCUUGCAAAAUCUUGAUUUGUCUCGAAACAACUUCUCGGGGAAUUUUCCAUCAAGUUUGAACAAAGUGUCCGAGCUUAACAAGUUCAACAUCUCAUACAAUCCCUUCAUACAAGUACCACGAGAAACGAUAAAAACAUGGCUCACAACAAAGACCAUAAAAAGCCUACAAAAUUUCAAAACUCCAUCAGAUCAAUAUCUCUUGAGGGAUCAUGCAAAACACUGCAAUGACUCAAGCAGCUCAGGAAUAGAAUUUCAGCAAUGGCUAUCUGAUUCGGUAAAAGUGAUUCGUUUAAACAAGACAGCUUUCACCUAUGCAGACAUUUUGAAAGCAACAAACACUUUCUCAGAAAACAGAAUCAUAGGAAGAGGUGGAUUUGGAACAGUAUACAAGGGAUUUUUCUCAGACGGUAGAGAAGUAGCAGUGAAGAAGCUUCUAAGCGAAGGACGCGAAGGCGAAAAGGAAUUCCAAGCUGAAAUGGAAGUUCUAAGCGGUCAUGGUUUCGGUUGGCCCCAUCCGAAUCUCGUCACACUCUACGGUUGGUGCUUAAACAAUUCAGAAAAGAUACUUGUUUAUGAGUACAUAGAAGGCGGAAGCUUAGAAGAUCUAGUAACCGAUAAAACACGUUUGACAUGGAAGAAAAGACUACAAAUAGCCAUCGAUGUUGCUCGUGCGCUUGUCUAUUUACACCAUGAAUGUGACCCUUCAAUUGUUCAUAGAGACGUGAAGGCUAGUAAUGUGUUGCUUGACAAAGAAGGUAAAGCAAAAGUAACCGAUUUUGGACUAGCAAGAGUUGUUAAUGUUGGUGAUAGUCAUGUGAGUACAAUGGUAGCCGGAACCAUUGGAUAUGUUGCACCUGAAUAUGGACAAACAAUGAAAGCUACUACAAAAGGCGAUGUUUAUAGUUACGGCGUGUUGGCUAUGGAAUUGGCUACAGGUAGAAGAGCAGUGGAUGGAGAUGAAGAAUGUUUGGUCGAAUGGACGAGGCGUGUUAUGAUGGGAAGAAAACAACAACAAUAUCAUCAUUUGUUGAGUUAUUUGGGUUCAGAGGAAAUGGUUGAAUUGCUAUGUAUUGGUUUGAAAUGUACAAAUGAGGCAGCAAAUGGUAGGCCAAAUAUGAAACAAGUUUUGGCUAUGCUUAUUUUGAUAUCUAAAUCCAAUGUUGGAGAUUCAAGUGAUCAUGGACACAUUAUUUAG